AUGCAGGGCUUCCCCAGAGGAAGUGUGGGCCGAGGGCUGUCCCCUGUGGACAGGCAGACGCUCCUGGUCUGCAGCUUUGUCCUGGCAGCAGCUUUGGGCCAAAUUAAUUUCACAGGUGACCAGGUUCUUUGAGUCCUGGCUAAAAAUGAGAAGCAACUUUCACUUCUUAGAGAUCUGGAGGGCCUGAAGCCUCAGAAGGUGGACUUCUGGCGUGGCCCAGCCAGGCCCAGCCUUCCUGUGGAUAUGAGGGUUCCUUUCUCUGAACUGAAGGACAUCAAAGCUUACCUGCAGUCUCAUGGCCUUGCUUACAGCAUCAUGAUAAAGGACAUCCAGGUGCUGCUGGACGAGGAGAGAGAAGCCAUGGCGAAAUCCCGCCGGCUGGAGCGUAGCACCAGUGGCUUCAGUUACUCCUCGUAUCACACCCUGGAGGAGAUAUAUACCUGGAUCGACAACUUUGUAACUGAUCAUUCAGAUAUUCUCUCAAAAAUUCAGAUUGGCCACAGCUUUGAAAAUCGGUCCAUUCUUGUUCUGAAGUUCAGCACUGGAGGUUCGCAGCACCCAGCCAUCUGGAUCGACACUGGAAUCCACUCCCGGGAGUGGAUCACCCAUGCCACCGGCAUCUGGACUGCCAGGAAGAUUGUCAAUGAAUAUGGCAAAGACCGCAUCGUGACAGACGUACUGAAUGCCAUGGACAUCUUUAUGGAGAUUGUCUCCAACCCUGAUGGGUUUGCUUAUACCCACAGCAUGAACUGCUUGUGGCGGAAGAACAAGUCCAGCAGACCCGGAAUCUUCUGCAUUGGUGUGGAUCUUAACAGGAACUGGAAGUCAGGCUUUGGAGGAAAUGGUUCUAACAACAACCCCUGCUCAGAGACUUAUCAUGGGCCCUCCCCUCAGUCAGAGCCAGAAGUGGCUGCCAUUGUGGACUUCAUCACGUCCCAUGGGAACAUCAAGGCUCUGAUCGCCAUCCACAGCUACUCUCAGAUGCUCAUGUACCCCUAUGGCCACUCUCUGGAGCCUGUUUCAAACCAGAAAGAGUUGUACAGUCUUGCCAAGUAUGCAGUGCAGGCCCUGUAUGAGGUUCAUGGGAUCGAGUACAUUUAUGGCAGCAUCAGCACCACCCUCUAUGUGGCCAGUGGGAUCACUGUCGACUGGGCCUAUGACAGUGGCAUCAAGUACUCCUUCACCUUCGAGCUCUGUGACACGGGGCACUAUGGCUUCCUGCUGCCAGCCACACAGAUUAUCCCCACAGCCCAGGAGAUGUGGAUGGCCAUUCGGACCAUCAUGGAGCACACGCUUAAUCACCCCUACUGACAAUACUGCUGAGGGCAGAGCCAGAGGGUUUGUCUUCUUUCCCAAGGCCUGGGCUCCUCC